AUGCCGGUUAUGAAAGGAUUACUGGCUCCCCAGAACACCUUCCUGGACACUAUCGCCACCCGUUUUGAUGGCACACACAGUAACUUCAUCCUCGCCAAUGCCCAGGUGGCCAAGGGCUUCCCCAUAGUCUACUGCUCCGAUGGCUUCUGCGAGCUGGCUGGAUUUGCCCGGACCGAAGUCAUGCAGAAGAGCUGUGGCUGCAAGUUCUUAUUUGGGACUGAGACCAACGAGCAACUGAUGCUUCAGAUAGAAAAGUCACUGGAGGAAAAAACAGAGUUCAAAGGAGAAAUUAUGUUCUACAAGAAGAACGGGUCUCCAUUUUGGUGCCUCUUAGACAUUGUUCCUAUAAAGAACGAGAAAGGCGAUGUGGUCCUUUUCCUGGCCUCAUUCAAAGAUAUAACAGAUACAAAAGUGAAGAUCACUCCGGAAGAGAAAAAAGAAGACAAAGCCAAAGGAAGAUCCAGAACCGGGACCCACCUGGACACAGCCCGGAGACGGAGCCGAGCAGUCCUGUAUCACAUCUCAGGGCACCUGCAAAGAAGAGAGAAGAAUAAACUGAAACUAAAUAACAAUGUUUUCGUGGACAAACCAGCAUUUCCGGAGUAUAAAGUCUCGGAUGCGAAAAAGUCCAAAUUCAUCCUUCUGCAUUUUAGCACUUUCAAAGCUGGCUGGGACUGGCUCAUUCUGUUGGCGACGUUUUAUGUCGCCGUGACCGUACCUUACAACGUCUGCUUCAUCGACAACGACGACCUGUCCACGACGCGGAGCACUACGGUCAGCGACAUUGCCGUGGAGAUCCUCUUCAUCAUAGAUAUUAUUUUAAAUUUUCGAACAACCUAUGUCAGCAAGUCUGGUCAAGUUAUCUUUGAAGCAAGAUCAAUAUGCAUCCACUAUGUCACGACAUGGUUCAUCAUUGAUUUAAUCGCUGCUCUGCCUUUUGACCUCCUGUACGCUUUCAAUGUCACAGUGGUGUCCCUUGUGCAUCUCCUGAAGACCGUGCGGCUGCUGCGUCUCCUGCGUCUCCUGCAGAAGCUGGACCGUUAUUCCCAGCACAGCACAAUCGUCCUGACCCUGCUCAUGUCCAUGUUUGCCCUCCUUGCGCACUGGAUGGCGUGUAUCUGGUAUGUCAUUGGAAAAAUGGAGCGGGAAGACAACAGCCUUCUCAAGUGGGAAGUUGGCUGGCUCCACGAGCUGGGAAAGCGCCUGGAAUCGCCCUACUACGGCAACAAUACCAUGGGGGGCCCGUCGAUCCGAAGUGCCUAUAUCGCUGCCCUCUACUUCACUCUCAGUAGCCUCACCAGCGUGGGCUUCGGGAACGUCUCUGCUAACACGGACGCCGAGAAGAUCUUCUCCAUCUGCACCAUGCUGAUUGGGGCCUUGAUGCACGCCCUGGUGUUUGGGAACGUGACGGCGAUCAUACAGCGGAUGUACUCGAGAUGGUCCCUCUAUCACACAAGAACCACUGAGCUGAAGGACUUCAUACGCGUCCACCACCUGCCCCAGCAGCUGAAGCAGAGGAUGCUCGAGUAUUUCCAAACCACCUGGUCAGUCAACAAUGGAAUCGAUUCCAAUGAGCUCUUGAAAGACUUUCCAGAUGAGCUGCGCUCGGACAUCACCAUGCACUUGAACAAAGAAAUCCUGCAGUUGUCCAUCUUCGAGUGCGCCAGUCGGGGCUGCCUCAGGUCUCUGUCUCUGCACAUCAAAACCUCUUUCUGUGCCCCGGGGGAGUAUCUGCUGAGACAAGGGGAUGCUCUGCAAGCCAUCUACUUCGUGUGCUCUGGCUCCAUGGAGGUCCUGAAAGACAGCAUGGUGCUGGCUAUUCUUGGAAAAGGAGAUUUAAUUGGAGCCAACCUAUCAAUUAAGGACCAAGUGAUCAAAACCAAUGCAGAUGUGAAGGCGUUGACCUACUGUGACCUGCAGUGCAUCAUCCUCAAAGGGCUCUUCGAAGUGCUGGACCUUUACCCAGAAUACGCCCACAAGUUUGUGGAGGACAUUCAGCAUGACCUCACCUACAACCUACGGGAGGGCCAUGAGAGUGAUGUGAUAUCAAGAUUAUCGAACAAAUCUACAGUCUCACAGUCAGAGCCGAAGGGAAAUGGCAGCAUCAAGAAGACGCUCCCAUCCAUCGUGGAAGAUGAGGAAGAGGAAGAGGAAGGAGAGGAAGAGGAGACCACCUCUCUCUCUCCCAUCUACACAAGAGGACCCUUCUCUUCACGUGGCAAGAAAGCUGGAAGCAACAAAAGUUACCUGAGCUUAAGCUUGAAGCAGCUGGCUUCAGGAACCGUGCCCUUUCAUUCACCUAUCCGAGUCUCCAGCUCAAAUUCCCCCAAAACCAAGCCGGAAGCAGAGCCAUCUAAUCACAGCAAAAAGAAAGAGAAGACUUUAAAACUGAAACUUGCAGCUCUGAAUAGUGCUGGGCCCCCGGAUCUCAGUCCCAGAAUUGUAGAUGGGAUUGAAGAUGGAAACAGCAGUGAAGAAAGCCAGACUUUCGACUUUGCCUCUGAACGAGUCAGACCAGAGCCCAGGAUUUCCCCUCCUCUCGGAGACCCGGAGAUCGGAGCUGCUGUCCUGUUCAUCAAAGCCGAGGAGACCAAGCAGCAGAUUAAUAGACUCAACGAUGAGGUCACAACGUUGACCCAGGAGGUCUCCCAGUUGGGGAAGGACAUGAGGAACGUGAUUCAGCUUCUGGAGAAUGUCCUGUCACCCCCGCAGCCAUCGGGGUUCUGCUCUGUGCACAGGGAAGACUCACCCCCCAGAAUGGCCUGGAGCACACCCCAGCCGUGCCUGCACUUACAAGCAGGCGGGGCCACCUAUAGCCAAGCACAGCUCUGUCAUGGCAGUGUCACCUCGGACAUUUGGAGUGUGGAUCCCUCCUCCGUGGGGGGCAGCCCCCAGCGGACUGGAGCUCAGGAGCAGAGUCCUGCAGACGGCGAACUUUAUCAGUCCCCAACCCUGCCGGGUUCGCCUUCCCACUACCAGGUUGUGCAGGAAGGCCGCUUGCAAUUCCUGCGAUGCAUCUCUCCGCACUCCGAAAGCACGCUGACGCCCCUGCAGUCCAUCUCAGCCACCCUGUCCUCGGGGGGUUCCUCCUCGGACACGUCCCUGCACCUGGUCCUCCCCAGCAGGUCAGAGGAGAGCAGCUUCGGCCAAGCUGCCACCAGCUCCUACAGUCUGGAGAACUUGCCAGGCUCUUGGGACCGGGAAGGGAUGACCUCUGUCACUACGGAACCCUUGGAAAGUUUCCCACUAGAGGUCGUCACAAGCACAGCAGACGUGAAGGACAGCCAAGCCAUAGACGUAUGA